CAAAUCACUGCUCUAAAGCGCUGUUAACGUCGCUCUCCUUUGGCCGCUGCUGAACAACAAUCAUGGCUGCCUCCUUGAAGAAAGCCGCUCACGACAUUAGUACCCGAAAGAGAACCGAAGACGUGCUUCUGGCGGAGGGGAUCGACUUCACCUCUCUGCUCCUGUCUCCGGCUGUUCUGGAGGGGCUGUCCGCUGCUGGCUUCCAGAAACCGUCUCCGAUCCAGCUCAAAGCGAUCCCCCUCGGCCGCUGCGGACUUGAUCUGAUUGUGCAAGCCAAGUCUGGCACAGGAAAGACAUGCGUGUUCUGCACCAUUGCCUUGGAUUCCCUUGUCCUUGAAAAUCCAGCUACUCAGGUCCUUGUUUUGGCCCCUACGCGUGAGAUAGCUGUACAGAUUCACUCGGUGGUGAUGGCCAUUGGCUGUGCCAUGGAGGGCCUGGAGUGUCAUGUUUUUAUCGGGGGCCGACCUGUGAGUCAAGACAAAGCCCAUCUGAAGAAGUGUCACAUUGCUGUGGGCUCUCCCGGUCGCAUCAAGCAGCUCAUUGAACUGGGUAUGCUGUCUACAGCCAGCAUCAGGCUGUUUGUUCUGGACGAGGCUGACAAGCUGCUGGAGGAGGGAAGCUUCCAGGAACAGAUUAACUGGAUCUUCUCCUCGCUGCCUGUAAACAAACAGAUGCUUGCACUUUCUGCCACCUACCCAGAAUCCCUUGCUCAGUACCUCACCCGCUACAUGAAUGAGCCCACCUUUGUCAGACUGAAUCCAAGUGACAUGGGCCUGAAAGGUCUAAAGCAGUAUUACAAGCUGGUGCCCUCCCAUCCUCUACCUCACAAGAUUUUUGAGGAGAAGGUGCUGCAUUUAUUGGAGCUGUUCAGUAAAAUCCCCUUCAACCAAGCCUUAGUGUUUUCAAACCUGCACACAAGAGCUCAACACCUGGCUGACAUCCUAUCCUCCAAAGGUCUACCUGCGGCUUGUAUAUCAGGUGGUCUUAGUCAGGACCAGAGACUGGAGGCGAUGUCUAAGCUGAAGCAGUACCAGUGCAGGGUGCUGAUCUCCACGGACCUGACCUCCAGGGGUAUAGAUGCAGAGAAAGUCAAUCUGGUGGUAAACCUGGACGUCCCUCAGGACUGGGAGACCUACAUGCACAGGAUUGGACGGGCUGGACGUUUUGGCACUCAGGGUCUGGCUGUGACCUACUGUUGCCAUGGCGAGGAGGAGAACAAGAUGAUGGCCAUUGCUCAGAAGUGUGGCCUCACCAUGUCGGCGCUUCCUUCCACCUUAGAUUCCAGGCUGAUGGGUGAGUCAUGUGACUGGGAUGUGUGCACAGAGGCUUCCACACCAGAGUCUGUGUCACAGCUGUUGUCUAGAACUGAAAAAAAGAAGUGUUCAAAGCCUUCGUCUCAUCCCAUCAAGGAUCAAUCUGUAGAGCACAGGAGUCAAAGAAAGGAAGAUAAAACACACGCAGCACCCAAAACGGCUCCAUGUGGUGGGAAAGAUGUAAAACAGACGUCUUCUGCAAGAGAACGUCUGCCACAGAGUCCUCCUCGUGUGACCCCGACUCGAAAAGAGCUCCAAGACGCCUUGCCCAAGAUCCCUCCUCUCAGCUCCUUUAAGAGUCACAGACAGAGGUUUGUGACCUUUGAGGAGGCUGAGCAGGACUUCCAGACCUUCAUCACCUCGGGUUUGGGGAGAAAUGUGGAAAUCAUUAGAGAGUUCAGAGGGAAAGGAUGUGGGGAUGAGAAUGUACAUAAAGAGUACAUCACACUCCACGAUGACACAAAUCAGAGUUUAAUACAAAAUGUUCAACAGCCGCAGUCGGACCUUUCAUCUCAGAGCUCAGAGUCGGAUUCCUCCAGCUCUCUUUCCGACAUGGAAGAUGAUCUGAAGCCAGAAGGCUUGAAUCAGCAGAUGGGUGCGGAGCAAAAAGCAGUUGUUAAACUUGAAUCUAUGCAACCCCCUCCUGUACCUAGGAUAUAUAACCAGGUAGCUCAACCUGAGAGCAACACAUCCAUACAAAGCACUGAAACGGGCAGUCGCCAGCAUCAACCCAAAAAGAUGAUAAAGGAGAUCCAAAAGGAUCCAGAGAAGUUAAAAGAACCACCAAAGAGAGAGAGGGACAUAGAUGGCUGCAUUGAGAUGGAUGAUGAUGAUGAUGAGGAGGAGGAGUGGAGCUCUGAGAUAUACUGGAGGGCCUGCUACAGAGCCUGGAGUGACUACUACUCCUCUAUGUCCCGUUUUCCAGAGCGCGAGUUCCAAAGCCACUACCACGUAGCUCACAGCUGGAUGGCAGCUUAUCGCAUGAAUGCGGUCUACAUGCAGGAACUCAUGAAACCCUGAGCUGUCUGUCAUCAGCAUUUCCUGUCAGACGUUCAGUAAACCAGAGCUGUUUCCUUCAAACAAGCAGGACUGAAUGGUUUACGCUUAAGUUCAGAGAAUUCUCUAUGAACUUUUACCACACAUGGUGUCUCAGUUACGUUUCUAAUACAAUACAACACAUUCUGUUUGUCAAA